CUGUAACAGUGAUGAAGAGCUUCAGCGGAUUACGAGCCGCUUCUCACAUGUUCAGAAGAGACCUCCAUCAUCAUCACUGUGUGGGAAUAAUAGGUGCACCUUUCUCUAAAGGACAGCAGAGGGAUGGUGUGCAGAGAGGAGCGGACCUCAUUCGAGCUGCUGGAUUGGUGCAGAAACUUAAAGGGGAAGGUUGUGUAGUGAAGGAUUAUGGGAAUCUGACUUUUGAGGACGUUCCCAAUGAUGAGCCAGUUGGCAGGCUGAAGACUCCGAGAGCAGUCGGCCGUGCCAGUGAGCUGCUCGCAGGAGCUGUGCAGGAGGUCAAGAGCCAUGGAAACACUUGUGUGAUGCUGGGAGGAGAUCACAGCUUGGCGAUUGGUUCGAUCUCUGGUCAUGCCGCCUCAAGACAUGAGUUGAGUGUUUUAUGGGUGGAUGCACAUGCAGACAUCAACACACCUUCAUCCACGCCAACAGGAAACAUUCACGGCCAACCGCUGUCAUACCUCAUCCAUGAACUGCACUCAGAGAUUCCCAUAAUUCCAAAUUUUUCAUGGUUGAAACCUUGUGUAGCAGCUAAGGACGUAGUCUACAUUGGGCUCAGAGAUGUGGACCCGGGAGAACAUUAUACCCUGAAGUACCUUGGAAUCAAAGCCUUCUCCAUGACAGAAGUUGAUCGGCUUGGAAUUGCAAAAGUCAUGGAGCAGACAUGCGAUCACAUGUUUUCAAAGGUGAAAAAACCCAUCCACCUCAGUUUUGACAUUGAUGCACUGGACCCCUCUGUGUCACCUGCAACAGGCACACCUGUAGCGGGAGGACUGACCUACAGAGAGGGGAUUUACAUCACUGAACACAUCUGUCAGACAGGACUUCUGUCUGCUGUAGACAUGGUGGAAGUGAACCCAAAGCAGGGCAAAACAGAAGACGAAAUUAAAUCAACAGUAAAUGCUGCUGUGGAUCUAUUAUUGGGCUGCUUCGGACGGGUCCGUGAGGGGUCUCAUGAUCCAGAUUACAAAAUGCCAAAUCCAUAAAUCACAGGUUUUAUUUUUGUUAUUUAUUAUUAUUAUUAUUUUUGUUCUAUUUACUUAUUGUCAUCAUUAAAAAGAAUUUAAAAUUGUAAUUCCCAUUUAUUUUAUUCCUGUAUAAAAAUGAAUUCCAAAGAUGAUGAUACCACAGUAUACUGUAUAUGCAGAAAGUACAAAGCUGUACAUAAAGUAAAUUUUUUUUUUUCAGAGGCAACAUCAUUUUAAUUAAAAAGCCAUUGUUGGCAAAUAAAUUAUCAAUGUUUAAUGCAAGGAAUAAGACAAAGUAAAAAUAUAUUUAAAAAUAAUAAAAAUGUUUUCCAAAUAUUUUUUUUUCUACAAGUGGUAAAUCAUUUAAUUGAAGAAUUGUUUUUUUAAUUUAUCUAUUAUAUUAAUAAUAUUGUCUGACACUAUAAUAGAAAUGUAACACCUCUCAACCACUUUACUAAAACAAGGGUUUUACAUUUUGCUGGUUAUGUGUGGAUUUAUAAGAAAAACACACAAAAUUAUUAAAAUUAUUAUAAGACUAGCACAAAACAUCUACAGUUUGCCUGGUAUCAACACAGUAACGCUGUUCACAGACUAAAUCACAGGCUUUAUUUUUGUUAUUUUGGCUUUUUGUUGUAUUAUUUUUCCUUGAUGUCAUCAAGUAGGCCCUCGUGUCAUGUUGAAUUUAAAAACUGAAUUAUAAUUCAGCUGUACAUAAAUUAUGUUUGUUUUUCCAAAGGCAACAUCAUUACAAUAAAAAAAAAA